GUUUAUUUUUUUUUAUUUAAGAAAGACGGAGUUUUUAAAUUUUUGCUUCGCUCGAGUCUAUAUAAUUAUUUCUUAUUUUGGACAAUUUUGAAAUCAAUCACACAAAUAAAUCGUUUCAAUAUGGGCGCUCCAUUUAUGGAGCUGGAGAAACCCCUUGACGAUAUCGCGAUGUUGUGUCGCGGCUGUCUCGCAGACUCCGGAGAAAUGAAGGAUAUGUACGAAUGGGGCUUGGCCGAUGGCUUCUGUAAACUCACUGAUGUUCAGAUGGAAAGUACAGAACCUAUUUCACGUUUGCUGUGCAUUAACUGUGAAGACACAUUGGCAAAAUGCAUAAGCUUUAAGAGGCAAUGUGGACAAUCUGAUGCACUUUUAAGGAAGCUAGCAAAGAAAACAGCAGAUACCCAAUCAAAUGCUUUACAAACGGAAGGGAAUACAAUAUCAUACGCACUAUAUGAUGACCAUUUAACAGUGAUGAUCACAUCUGAAGAUACGCAAGCCAAAAUAUAUCUGCCGUGCCCUUACCAAUGCAAAAAUAAGUUCCAAAAGAAACAUGACCUACUCGCACAUCUCAUCAAAUCACACAAUGUUAACGAAAAUAAAUUUAAAAUUGAUUCACAAUACUAUUGCAAAGAAACCGAAUGCUCUUAUCAUAUAUCUUCUGGUUCCAAAUGGUUCUCGGGAAGAAAAUUUCUAAACCAGCAUUACAGAAAAGUACAUAAUCGCAAAAUAUUUACAUGCCCCGUAUGUAAUCUAAAAUUCUCUUCAGGAUCCGAUUAUAAUAGGCAUUUGAAAACUUGUAAUAUGACAUUCUCUUGUACAGCGUGUAAUGCUAAAUAUAACUGUAGCGAAAAACUAACAGUGCAUUUAAUGAGAAAACAUCCUGAAUUACAUAAACGUUUUAAAGAAGAAAGAAAGGCUAAUAAAAGGAAAGCAAAACAAGAAAGCGAGACGAAAAAGGCGAAAACAAAUUCAGAAAAGUUAGCUGAAUUUAUUUGCGACAGUCCGAAGCGAACAUCAGCAACUCAGACACUAAACAUUGAGGAAUGUAUAAAAAAUGAUUUUCCCCUGGUGCCAUGGAAUUCAAUCCCUGGAAAGAACGACUCUAAUGAAUCUAAAAAAGACGAAAUAUCAACACAAACUGUAUUUGAAGAUUUGCUAUCUAUUAAAUCGCAGACGAGCGAAGAUGAAUCUAUAUUCUUCUCGGAAACCGUUUCGCUUUCCGAUAUACAAACUCAAACAUUUCCUUUAGAAUUUGGAUUAAGUCGUUCCAAUAAAGAAACAAUUACUUCUGAGACUCAAUCGCCAAGCCUCAGCAUAAAAGAGACUCAAACAUGCUUCUGUCUUUAUGAUUCACCAAAACCGAAUUAUAGACUCUUUGAUAGCAUAUCGUCAAGUCCAUGUAGUAUAAAUUUGACUUCAACUGAAACUCAAACUGCAGAAAUGAAGUCUAAUAUCAAGUCGGACGUACUUUUAAGCUUUAAUUCUGCUGAGACUCAAACGCAUUUUACUGACGACAUUGAUAACGAUAUUUGACGUUGGCAAUAUCUAUAGAAUAUUUGGAUGAUAUCCUAGGACGGGCGCCAGACAUGUACAAAAUUUUAGACGGAGUUUGAACGGACAGUUACAAAACAUUUAAGUGAAUAUUUGGGUUGCCAGACUUGUUUUUAAAUUAUUUCUGGUCACAUUUGUCGCAAAUAUGAAGACGACAUAAAGGCAUAUAGAAAUAUUUUUUAUUAGAAAAUCGUUCGUCGUUUGCGGGGAUUUUUGGAUCCCAUAAUGAUGGUUCUUUUUGAAGAAGCUCUAGAAAUUCAUUAACAACACCGUAACUAACGAAAAUACAACACAAAACUGCUCAAGCUAUGCUAAACAUUGCUACAAGUCUGUCAGGCCAUACUAACUUUGAACUUUGUUAAUUUUAUGUACGCUCUAAAACCGAAACAAACUCCAAAAGUUUAUUCAUACUUUCCACACAUUCACAAAUGCGUCUUCUUUGGUGUUUGAGCACAUGUCUGGCACGGGCUUAAUAGUUUCAAAAUUUAGCUUUAAGUGUAGCGUUAUAGUUACAUUAGGUGAAAAUAAAUAUUAUAUUUAUCUGAAAAAAAAAGUUAGUUAAUAAGCAAUAGAGUGGUAUGAGCAUUCUAUAUAUUCUUUUAUUUGUAUUAAAUAUUUAUGUCUAGUCCAAAAAUUGAAAAUAUUUACCAUAGUUUUCACAGGAAAUCUGAAUCUGAUGAAGGAAAUAUUUAU